CUGGACGACAUUCAAGAUUCUCUCAGGCAUUUACCUCCCCAGAGUCUGUUGCCAGCAUUGCUAGGCUCCUACUUCCAUCGCAUCCAGCCAUGGAUUGCGAUUGUACACGAGGCUGAUUUCAGGGUAAAGCUUCAGAAGCCUGGGGGGCUAAAGCAUCUUUCUGUCAUCAUUCAUGCUAUGACGGUUGCCGCUUUGCAUUUCACACCAUGGCAUGGACACCUGCUGUCUGCGGCAGAAGUAGCUUCACAGCAGAAGAAGUCAAGGAAACUCGUUAUCUUAACCGCGAUGGAUGAGCUUUCGGUCGAGAAUCUGCAAUCUCUCAUCAUUUUGGCGUUCAUGGAUAUAAGCAAUGGAAACUCCCGCAACGCAUGGCCCAUCAUUGCAUCUCUCUCCAGGUCGGUUGAAUACCUUCAACUAAGCGUUGAGUCAGAGGGUCGUCAAAAGGUGGGUGCUCUUUUGCAACCCCUUCCACUCCUUCCUACCCCCAAGAGCUGGGUCGAGGAAGAAGAAAGAAGACGGGUGUUUUGGAAUGUGUUUAUGCUGGAUAGUUGGAAUACUAGUCUCACAGCUGCAGAUGUCUGUCGAAGGCUUCCGGUAUGUGGUGGUCUUUGGUACAAAUGUACGCCAGCACCAACUCCGUAUUUCGGCAUAUGGGAUCAAUCUGCAGCCAAAAUGGGAAACUCCAUCACUUUCAUCCCUGCCCAUUACCCUAGUCCGACCCAUUCGACCAAUACUGAAAUCAAUGAUACCGUAACACCAGCUGCGGGGAGCUGCGCGCCACAAGCACAACCCCAGUCUCCAGACAUGACAAACGUUGGGGCCCUGGCAUACAACAUUGAGUCCCUUGAGUCAUUGAGUCGCAUCAACAGCUACUUCUUGCAACAGCGCGUUGACUUUAGUAAUCGAAAAGAGGUCUCAAGUUGGCUCACACGGUUCAAGGAACUCGAUUUACGAUUAGUGCACUGGAAAAUGUUCCUUCCACAGCAAUGGCAAGACUCUGGAAUAUCUCGUGAGACGAUGCCUGGCGUAAUGGACCCUAACAUGACUGCGGCCCAUGCAACACAUAACACCUCCAUGAUCCUCCUUCAUCAAAGAAUAGCCUACCCCGGUCCAGAGUUGGUGGCUUUGAAACUCCCAACAUUGUGCAGUGCCGAGACAUGCCGGGGUGCGGCGGUUGAGACAGCGAAUAUCACCCAAAAAUAUCUCGACCAUUCCCCAAAGGACAGUCUUGUAUCUCCUCAACUAGCUCUUGCGGCAUUUGUCAGCGCCAGGGUGCUUUUAAUUCACUCGCGCUUCUAUGGUACACUUCUGGCCACCGAAUUUUGGGUGCUGGUGGAGAAUCUGAAAGAAAUGUCGAGACGGUGGACCAACGAUUCCAGCACACAACGAGAAUCGCUUUUUGGCCAUUUUGCCGUCCGACUUCAAAAGCUUCACGAACAUUGCCAACGUAAUCCCAAUUUCCAAAUCGACAUAUCUGGAUGCACUGAGGAGACAUAUUUGGACCCAGAUUGCAUCCCGUCACGCCAGGAUCUUCAACAACAUAGUCCCGAAUUUUCCGAUAGAGUCCCCCGGGUUAAUGGCCAGAAUGAUCCAAAUAUGGAAACUGGUGCAGGAAAGUCUCCGGCCUCGCAACUUCCCAACAGACACCAGCCUACCAUGGAUGGAGCGAGCGACGCUAGAGAAUGGAUUCAGCCUUUGACUAGCACAGGGGGGGACGAACUAGCGACGAUAUCUCAGAUACUGAUGGACCAAAGAUUUAUGGAGAUGGAUCGUGUUAUCAGCUUUGACGAUAUGAUGUUUACUUCCCGUCCUAGUGAGACGGCAUCGGCCUCUCUGGAUCAAGGUCACGGCUGGAGUAUUCCGACAGAGGGGCAAGCUUCAAGUGGUUUGACGGGCGACGGCUGCCCUCCUAUAUAUUGGGAUUCAAUUUAG